GCGCAGUCUACUACGUGUACGGGAGAUAGCCAGCGAGCUACCUCGGGCUUCUCUUUUCUCGCGUUGAUCUCUUACGCUGUAUAAUAGAUCAAAAUGGUGCAAAGGCUGCAAUACCGCCGUCGGCUUUCGUACAACACGAAGUCCAACAGGACAAAAGUUGUUCGUACUCCCGGAAAUCGUCUUGUUUUCCAAUACUUGAAGAAGCACAAGGUUAUCCCUAAAUGCGGUAACUGCAAAAACAAGCUGAGGGGUAUUGUUCCUGCCAGAACAAUGGAGAGAUCCAGGAUGUGCCGCCGAAAGAAGACAGUGAAGCGCGCUUAUGGUGGUGUUAUGUGCCACAAGUGUGUUAAAGAACGCGUUGUCAGAGCUUUCCUCAUUGAGGAACAGAAACUGGUUGUCAAAGUUAUCAAGGCCCAAAAAGCUGCUAGCUUAGCCAAACCAGUAAAGAAGUAAAGUUUUUUUGUAACUUAUAUUUAAUGUACCAAAUAAAUACAAAUAUACUUACAAAAAACUAAA